AGUGCCUGCGUGCGUCAGAUAGUUUUCUCCAAUGGGUAAAGGUGACUAAAUACUAGUUGUCUCUUUCGCCGGGCCAGUAGCAUCCUAUCGACAGGGGAGGAGAUGAUGCACGAGUCCGGCGGUGUCCAAAUGGCGAGGGCGCUGAAGCAUGCAGCCCUGUGCCUGAUGCUGCUGCCCCGGUUCCUCCUGGCCGCCGUCAUGCUGUGGCUCCUGGAUUUCUUGUGCAUAAGGAAAAAAGUGCUGCUGAAAAUGGGAGAGAGGCAGGACAGCCCGGACGACCCGCCGGUGUGCGUCUCCGACUCAAAUAAGAUGUUCACCUUGGAGUCCCUCAGGGCCGUGUGGUACGGCCAGAAACUGGACUUUCUCAAAUCUGCGCACCUCGGGCGCAAUGCGCCCAACACCGAGGUUGUGCUGGUCCAGGAGGGGAGGCAAGUCAGGAUCCUGGACUGCAUGAAAGGGAAGAGACCGCUCAUUCUUAACUUUGGCAGCUGCUCCUGACCGCCAUUCAUGACGCGCCUGGCGGCGUUUCAGCGCGUCGUGAGCCAGUACGCAGACAUUGCGGACUUUUUAGUUGUAUAUAUCGAGGAGGCGCAUCCGUCGGACGGCUGGGUGAGCUCGGACGCGCCGUAUCAGAUCCCUAAGCACCGCUGCUUGGAGGACAGACUGAGAGCCGCUCAGCUGAUGCUCAGCGAGGUUCCCGGGAGCAACGUGGUGGUGGAUAAUAUGGACAACUCGUCCAACGCCGCGUACGGAGCCUACUUUGAGAGACUUUACAUCGUCAGGGAUGAGAGAGUGGUGUAUCAGGGGGGCAGAGGUCCGGAGGGAUACCGGAUUUCCGAGCUUAGAAACUGGCUGGAGCAAUACAGGAACGAUCUGGUGAAUUCCCAAACAGCGGUGCUCCAUGUGUAGUUGAAGAUGCUGAACUGCCUGCUGCUCUGCCCAUUCUGCUUAAGUGUCCAACCCCCACAGUGCAAAAUAUUCAGAUGCUGCUAUCAAAUGUUCACAUAUGGCACAUUAUGUUUUUUUUUUUUUUCUUGCAUAAAGAUAUUCAGGACUCUUUUGACAGACAGCCUAAAGUCAUGUUGAAGCCUAUGUCUAGGCAGUAGGCUGGUAAUAUUGUGCUUGUCUUAAUUGAUUGCUCAUAGCGAUUUUCUUUUUUUUUUUUUUUUGUAUGGAAAAGUCUUGAAUCAGUUGCAACUGGAUUCAAUUAGUGAUCACUCUAUUUUUCUACAAUACUGAUGUGUGUGUGUGUGUGUGUGUGUGUGUGUGUGUGUGUGUGUGUGUGUGUGUGUGUGUACGUGUGUGGAUGUGUGUGUGUGUACGUGUGUGGAUGUGUGAAUAUGCGCGCGUUCAGGCUAAUUAUCUCACUCGGGUGUUUCUAUGAAGUUCGGUUUUUAAAAGGCGCAGCCAGAAAACCGACACUGAUGCCUCUGACACCGGGAGCGGGUCCAUGUUAGCGGGACGCCGUCCUCGAUGAUGAUCGAUCGAUCGAUCGAUCGCCAAACAAACGAAGUAAUGUUGACACAAAUGUAACUGAACAAAUGUUUUCAAUAAAUGUCAGAUCACACACGGACAAGUUAGAGGCUACUGUUGACUGUGAAACCGACACCUUAAAGUUCUUCCUUUGGUCUUUGUGUUUUUUUUUUCGUAGUAAAAACACAAUAAGAAGAAAAAAAAAUGAGAGAAAAGGAUGAUUUUAUGUUUAUACUCUCAGGUUUCAGGCCUAUUAGAAAACCUUUGAUUGAUUGUGUCUUGACCCCCCGCCCUUAUCCUUUAACCAGGCCAUUACCACAGCUAAAGCAGAGUGUAAAACAUUCCUUUUUGACUGGUUAGUAAAACAUUCAUUCUUGAUUUAAUUAACCCACUUCAGCCAUGAUGGCACGUUUAAAAAAAAAAAGAAAGAAAUCACAUUUUCUUGUGUUUUAUUGAAACAGCUCUAAAGAGGAGUUUGAUGUUGUGUAACAUGGUUAAUCAGAAGUGAUCAUGAAUCAUGGAUCUGAUUUGAUGAUUGUGCAAAAAAACGGCCAUAAAAUGUCAGGAUUUCACAGUCUUAAAUGGUUCUUUAAAUGUGGGAAGGGGGGCGGGGGGGGGGGGGGGGGGGGUGCUAAUUUAAUAUAUUAUUAUUAUUAUUAUUAUUAUUAUUAUUAUUAUUAUUCACUUUAUUUAAUUUCAAUAUUCUGUUUUAUGGCAGCUAAUCUGAAGAACUGAGUCAAUUCUGAUUUUUCUGAUUCAGUAGGGGGAAGGAUUCAAAAUAGUGAACAAGUCUGUAUUCUCAUUGAAAAAGCUGCAUUGUUGGUGGCAGUUACUCACAAAAAGUAGAUCAAAGUACAUGUUCUUGUUAAGAAAAAAACUUUUUUUUUUUAACUAUUUUUUUAAUGUUAAUUAUGCAGAGCCAUGGCAUUUUCUAUACGUGGAUCAGUUUGAAGAAACAAAAAAGGGCUGAGCUGAUUAGGAGGUGUGAUGCAGCGUCUUUAAUCCAUGUGUCUUUAUCUCUUUCUCACUUUCUCAUUAUUCCUGGAAUCUCUGUCAUUUUCAACACCCCCCACCUCCCAUUUUCUCCUCCUAUACAUACACUGUAUAUGUGUACAUACACAAGCAGGAAUUCACACACAGACACACUGCCACAUAUAAUUAGGAUUAGAGAGCAAUGUGAUGACUGUAGAUCCCACGUGGCCCAAGUCUCUGCUGUGUGGUGUUAAUGUAUUCAGGUUUCUUCAUGCCUCAGUUGGUUCUCAUUAUAUCACCACAUGCAUGUACUGUAUGGCUCUGCGUGUCUUUAUGCCUUAAUGUAGUGUGCUGCGGGAGGUGAACUUCAAGCCGGUGGGAACUGACAUGACCGACCUCCUCCGUCCUGAAAAACUACUUUAGUGUUUCAAAAAAAAAAAAAAAGAAAGAAAGAAAGAAAAAAGUAUGUCCCCGUUUAAACUUCUCUUUUUAAAUCAAUCACAGCCCUUCAGGCGCAAACA